AUUCAGCAAUGACCGUAUAUAUAAAUAAGGAUACAAGAACUCUAUCCAGAUGAUCACCAGAGAUAAGUUUGGAUCUGACGUCGAGGGGUCAAGUCACACAGCAUCCGAUACAAAAUGAGGACUUACCAACUUGCACUGCCUUUGAUGGCUCUAGCUCUCACUAUGGUUUUUGUGGACAAAACUGCAGCUGCAGCUGACUGUCCACCUAACCAAGUACCGGGCUGCAACCCGUGUGGAAUGCCGCACUGCUCCGACAUUGCAAAUCCACCCCGUUAUAUAUGUUUGGGUUGUAUGUUAGAUGGCUGCAUCUGCAAGCCAGGCUAUUACUUUCAGGACGACAAAUGUGUCCCAACAUCUCAAUGCAGAAUUAAGUGUCCAGAAAACACGGUCUUCAAAGCCUGCUCCAAGACACCCAUCGCCUGCGGCCAAUUGUUUUCCAAGGAAGAGAAUGCGAAGCCGUGUGCGCCUCGCUGCGUAUGCAAACCCGGAUAUAUUCUGUCUAAAGAAGGCAGCAAGGAAUGUAUCCCAAUAAGAAAGUGCAAGGGCUCAGGACACAGUAGGCCUGAUGUUUAUACCUCUGACCAAUAGAUGUCACUGUUUGCAGUUGCUUUAUAAUACUUUCUAUGCUCUGUCAUGUUAAUUCCAUUUCCUGUUCCUGUUCUUGUUAUUAUUAACGUGUGUGUUUUAUGGAUGCCUGAAUUUGUUAAUAAAAAGCACGUUAUAAUAA